AGUCAAAAUAAUUUUGGUGAGAUUCCAGACACGUGUCAAUGGCCAGAAAAUCUGAAACAUUUAAAUCUGUCCAGCACUCAAAUUCCUAAAUUAACAACCUGCAUUCCUCUGACCCUUGAAGUUUUGGAUGUCAGCGCUAAUAACCUGAAGGAGUUUGGGCUGCAACUCCCUUUCCUCAAAGAGCUGUACGUUGCGAAAAACCAGCUGAAGACCUUGCCUGAUGCUGCACCCAUUCCUAACUUGGUGGCCAUGACAAUCAGGAGAAACAAACUCAACAGCUUCUCCAAGGCAGAGUUUGAGUCCUUUAGGAAGAUGGAGGUGCUGGAUGCCAGUGACAAUAACUUUAUCUGCUCCUGUGAAUUCCUCUCCUUCAUUCAUCACGAGGCUGGAAUAGCCCAAAUCUUAGCGGGGUGGCCGGAAAACUACAUCUGUGACUCUCCCCUGACAGUGAGAGGGGAGCAGGUCGGAGCUGUACAUCUCUCACUGAUGGAGUGCCACAGAUCCCUCGUUGUGUCGUUAAUCUGUGCGCUGGUGUUCCUGGUCAUUCUCGUCCUUGUGGUUGUCGGGUACAAGUAUCACGCGAUCUGGUACAUGAGAAUGACCUGGGCAUGGCUUCGAGCCAAGCGGAAGCCCAAGCAAGGUCCCCCAAAGGAUAUUUGCUAUGAUGCUUUUGUCUCCUACAGUGAGAAUGACUCUGACUGGGUGGAAAACAUCAUGGUGCAGGAGCUGGAGCAGGCCUGUCCUCCCUUUCGACUGUGCCUCCAUAAGCGGGACUUUGUGCCUGGGAAGUGGAUUGUGGAUAACAUCAUUGACUCCAUAGAGAAAAGCCACAAAACGCUGUUUGUGCUGUCGGAGCACUUUGUGCAGAGUGAGUGGUGCAAAUACGAGCUGGACUUCUCGCACUUCCGCCUCUUUGAUGAGAACAACGAUGCGGCGAUUCUCAUCCUCCUGGAGCCCAUUCAGAGCAAAGCGAUUCCCAAAAGGUUCUGCAAACUGCGGAAGAUAAUGAACACAAAGACCUACCUGGAGUGG